CUGAGAUAUGAAGAGAAAAAUGUGUGCGAUUUGACGUGGAAUAACCUAUAUAUACGUCUAGAAUUGUUGAUGUGUAGGCUUUUUGUCAUUUUCGUUUUUGUGGACACUGUUGGGCCAAAAGCUACUUAUCAAACUAAAUUGCAGAAAGAAUUUCCUAAUUUAUGUAUAACUGUGUCGGAGAAAGCUGACUCACGUUAUGCUAUAGUUGGAGCGGCGUCCAUUGUUGCAAAGGUGGUUCGUGAUGAACUGCUUAAAAAAUGGGUCUUUGUGGAAGGAGGAGUGAAAGUGCCGGAAGAUGGGUUUGGAUCUGGUUAUCCAGGAGAUCCCAACACAAAAAAGUUUUUGAAGUCUUCAGUGGAUUCAGUUUUUGGUUACUCUUCUUUGGUUCGAUUUAGUUGGAAAACUGCGGAAUCUGCUUUAAAUAAACUAGCAGUUCGCUGCCAGUGGGCAGAUCCAGUCGUUGCAAGUCGGCCAACGUGGUUCCUGUACGGUGAUGCAAAAUACGGAAUUAAGCCACUGCGUAAUUCUUUUUUUACAGAUCGAUACAUUAGUAACGUAGUUAAAUUUUAG